AUGCCCUCCGGAGCAAGCAGAUCACCCGGUGACGAAGUUCGUGGGACCUCUCUCCCCUCAGACUCCGGUGUAGCUCCGAUCACCCGGAUCAAUCUCAGCCCGCCCUCAGAUAGUGUUACUAUGGUUGAGCUACGAGAGUUGUAUCACCAGCUCCAGCUCGACUACACUGCCGCCAUCUCCCAGAUUGAGCGACUCGAAGCUGAGAACGAGGUCCUCCGCUCGAACCAGUCCCGUCGGGGAGCUCCGGCUGCUACGCCACAGCUCGCCAAGCUCAAGAAGGACAUUGUGAAUGCUGGGCAUGCCUACGCUCUUCUCGUGUCCCCUUGGCUCGAUCCGGGAGUUCUUGGCUACAACUCCUCGCCUGAUGUUGAUCCCCUCAACUUCGAGUGGCGCUGGCCCAGUGGACCGCAUGGGAAGAGACUUGCGAAGGAGCGUCAAGAGGAAGCCGCAGCUGCGGAGCUGUUCAAGCUCCUGAACAAGUAUCCAGAUGUGAAACGCAACUUUGGAGAUCCGUGGGGAUGGGAACAGUUUUCCGACGCUGUUCAAGCUCAGAAGAACACAGCAACAUGUACCGUCAAGAAGAACCGUGCGACUAUCUUUGGCUCAGUGGAUUCCUUAUUGGGCAUCAAUUGGUCUGCCAAGGUGGACACCUUCAAGGACAACAGCGACCUCAUCUACUACCGGGGCGAAGCUACUGGCUUCAGUACGCUGUGGCCACCUGCCAUCUUCCCUCAGCAUAGGGCAGGCGAGGCCCGUGUCCGAUUCCGUACAGUUUCGACAGCUUUGACAAUCAGAUCGAUGCUCUACGGGUUGGGUGCUGUCCAGGAUGGUCACCAGCCCAAGGGCAACACAACAGGUGUCCAUCUCGGUAUUAAGGCACUCACACCAAAUCUCAUUGCAUUUGCUGCUUUGUUGGUACGACAUUCACUGGGGUAUGACCGUGAGUUCAAGGUUACGGGUCAGUCCUCCGGGGCUAAUAACCGUGAGGACUUCGAGUACUGGUGCAAAUGGCUCACCAAGAACUGGCGCACUGCCGCUGUCGAGAAGACCGUUCGUUGGCUGUCCGCACAAGUUUUCGGGAGUUUUGCUGCCACUAAUGCUGCUGAACACGUCAACGUUGAUUCUGAUAGGGGAAUCGACAGCGACUCCGCUGAUGAUCACCUUGAUGACCCAGACUCGGAUGACGAAGCCCGUCUGCUCGCCAUUGCUGCUCGCCCUCGCCCUCGUGCUACACCCGCAUCCUUCCCCGAAUUUGUCCGCUCUGUCCAUGAGAGCGAACCCAUCGACAUCCCGUUUGAUCCCUCUCGUGCUGCGUCAACCCGUUCUAGCUCCCACAGGGCCACUUCCCAUGGUCCUGUCAGCAGUCCCCAUGCACCCCUACCCUCCACUGGUUCCUUGUCAGUUGUCACCCACGUUGAGGGUUCCGAUUCCGGUGCUGACCCCUGCAUCGGCUCCGAGCCUCCUGUCGAGGACGCUCCUGAGCCCCCCACUGGGAGCCGUGCUCCCGAGCCUGCACGCCCGCGAACCCGCGCUCGAGCCACCCGCAAGAACAAGCCUUGA